GACAUAGCCUCCACGACUCCCAGCCUCCUCCUCCCCGCCGCCGCCGCCGCCGCCGCCUCCUCCUCUUCCUCCUCCUCCUCCCUCGCUCCCACAGCCAUGUCUGCUUAGACCAGAGCAGCUCCACAGCCAAUUCUGGCAGCAGCGGCCGCCUCAAUAGGACAGCCACCGCCCGGGAGCUAUGACAGGAGUGUUUGACAGAAGAGUCCCAAGCAUCCGAUCCGGCGACUUCCAAGCUCCGUUCCCGACGUCCGCCGCCAUGCACCACCCGUCUCAGGAAUCGCCAACUUUGCCGGAGUCCUCGGCCACCGAUUCUGACUACUACAGUCCCGCGGGGGCCGCCCCUCAUGGCUACUGCUCUCCUACCUCUGCUUCUUACGGCAAAGCGCUCAACCCAUACCAGUACCAGUAUCACAGCGUGAACGGCUCCGCAGCCGGCUACCCGGCCAAGGCUUAUGCCGACUACGGCUACGCCAGCCCCUACCACCAGUACGGAGGCGCCUACAACCGAGUCCCGAGUGCCACCAGCCAGCCAGAGAAAGAAGUGGCCGAGCCAGAGGUGAGGAUGGUGAAUGGUAAACCAAAGAAAGUUCGUAAACCCAGGACUAUUUAUUCCAGCUUUCAGCUGGCCGCUUUACAGAGAAGGUUUCAGAAGACUCAGUACCUCGCCCUGCCAGAACGCGCGGAGUUGGCCGCCUCUCUAGGACUGACGCAAACACAGGUGAAAAUCUGGUUUCAGAACAAAAGAUCCAAGAUCAAGAAGAUCAUGAAAAACGGGGAGAUGCCCCCGGAGCACAGUCCCAGCUCCAGCGACCCUAUGGCGUGUAACUCGCCACAGUCACCGGCGGUGUGGGAGCCCCAGGGCUCAUCCCGCUCUCUCAGCCACCACCCUCAUGCCCACCCUCCGACCUCCAACCAGUCCCCCGCGUCCGGCUACCUGGAGAACUCGGCUUCCUGGUACCCAAGUGCAGCCAGCUCAAUCAAUUCCCACCUGCCACCGCCUGGCUCCUUGCAGCACCCGCUGGCACUGGCCUCCGGGACGCUUUAUUAGAGGGGCUACUCUCUCUUGCUCAGUUUUGGGACUACAGUGUUUUGCUGUUUUAGAAAUCAGAAAGAAAGGAAUUCAUACGGGGAUGUUUGAACAAUGGAAACAAAGAUUCAUGUGUAAAGCUUUUUUUUUUUUUUGCAUGUAAGUUAUUGCAUUUCAAAGGACCCCGCCCCCUUUUUUUACGAAAAAGAACCUUUUUUUGCGCAACUGUGGACACUAUCAAUGGUGCCUUGAAAUCUAUGACCUCAACUUUUCAAAAAGACUUUUUUCAAUGUUAUUUUAACCGUGUAAAUAAGUGUAGAUAGAGGAAUUAAACUGUAUAUUCUGGAUAAAUAAAAUUAUUUCGACCAUGAAAA